AGGAAAGGAGAGAGGUUGAGUGAAGAGAAAAUUUUCCUGGUAGGCCCACGCCUAACCUAACCUGAUCAUGAUGGCCUCCUCCAUUCGUCUGAAGUUGUAUCUCAGCACCCUCUUCCGCUUCCUCAUCGUCCCCGCCCACACGAGUGCGGCUGACAAUGCUGGGGAGCCAGAUUCAGGCGACCGCGACAUGAUGGCCCGACAGGUGUUUGCUGAUUACCAAGCCUUGCGCGCGGAGUCCUUCCGGAGGGUUUUUAGUGCUGGAAGAAUCCUAGAAGCUGGGGCUGCUGGAGGAAUCGUAGAAGAUGAACACCAGAGGCAGAGCCAAGUGACGGCGAGCGAGGCCUCAGCAAUAAAUCGCUUCCUUUGGGCCACAGCUGUGAAGGAUGACGAGGAGCACAGUAGAGACAGAACGAGAAUGGGCAAUGAAUCUUCUUCUUCAGACGAGGACAGAAGAACGUCGUGUGUAUCGCUACACACGUUUUUGCUCUCUCGCUUAGCGGAGCUGGAAGAGACCGUUUUGGAGGCUCAAGACCACGAAGUCAAGGGGUUCGAAACCGUUGCAUGGAUGAUGGAACUCUCAUUAUGGUUAAAUUGGUAAGGGCAAUGUUUCCAGACCACCCAAAUUCAGCAAAGUGAUCUCCAAUAUGCACAAAGGGCAAAGUGACCAAUGUAUUUUGAUAGGCACACUCAAGAUCAUGGGAUAAAAGUGGUAUCCUCCGUAUCAGGUGCAUAAUAAAGAUGCGCAAAAGAUUUACCUUUAGCAGAGGCCCACUUUUUUGACAUGUGUUGCACUUUGUCUAAUACCAGAAGAAUCCACCGAUGGUGAGCCACGUAUGCGAGUGCCAGGUUUAAGAGUAGGAGGAGCCUUGACGAUUGCUAGCGGAAACGGAAAACUUGAAGGUCAAACCGCAUUUUAUGGCUCUUGAGGAACAACAUGAAUUUGAGACCUAUGACCUUUCCACGCACGUGCUUUCCAGACUUGGAGUAGCUCACGCUGAUAGAUCACGAAGAAAUGGCAUGUCAUGACACCUCGUGAUACGUCUUCACUAACGUCAUAGAGGCCGUCCAGCCAUCUUGUACCUUCUAAAUAGAGGAGCAAGACGACCGAAUGAGAAACUAUCAGGGUAUACUUAUAAUACUUUUCACUUUAUCUCCGCUGUAAAUGUAAGGAUUGAGAUCACUACUCUAUUAAUCCACGAACGCUGCAAACGAAAUGUCUUCUGCAGAAACCACAAGAAGAGCAUCAUUCAUUUUGCAGCCUCUCCCGACUACAGCAUUUUGUUUGGUCCCUUGACGACGAUAGUGGACCAGGUCCAAAACUUCAUGCAGAGCGUUUCUUACCUCAUCAUGACGGCACCCAAGGAAUGCUUCGCAUCAGACGUCAGAAAUCUCUUGCAUGCGGCUUUUCGGUACUGUUAUGGAAGGAGAACGGACCGCAAAUAUUUGCGUGUCGUACGUAAUUGCUAGCGAUCAUUAACAUUACAGUAGUGAAACAGUUUCAUUAGGGAAUAUCCAAAAAAAGGUCCGAACGUGACAGAUGACUGCUGUAGUUGUCAUCAUGGGAGCUACAGUAGCUAUGAAGUUGACUCAGAUAGCAGAAGGUAAUUUAGGUACUAUGUAUUUGAAGGUUUCUUUACCCUCAUCUAGAUCUCGAAGAUCUACCACUCCUCUAAUCAGCGUGUAGACCUUAGAAUGUCAAGAAAAAUACUGAGAUCACAAAGAUAAGAAGUAGAAUAAAUACCCACGACUCGACGACGCUCCCCUCUUCCAGGAAGACCAAUCUUGCUCCCAUCUCCCAACGACCCAAACUCGUAGUUGACUCAGAUAGCAGAAGGUAAUUUAGGUAUUCUUCUAUUUUCUAAAUAGUGAGAUAACAAAGCUUAGAAUAUCAACGAAAAUAGUUAGAAUAACAACGAAAAUAGCACCAGUCUAAUACCCGCGCAACGCUUUUAUGGCUUACCUCGACGCCCAAUUCUGGAUGGUGGACUUGGGUAUGCUGUCGAACUCCAACAGUCCCAAAAAGCACUUCCGCAGCGUUCUAAACGUCCUAGAAUCCGCGAAGAAAUUAUUAAGGCAAGAAAUUCCCAAGAGAGUACAAGAGAGAACGGGAGUUUCAUCUUGAUCAACAUUGGCUAUUUAGUAUUUAAUUAAAUUUUCCUAGGAAGACUUGAGCUUAAACUCAAGAAGUGGAUUAAUGCCUUACUAAUGAAAGCGGCUACAAUCUAAGCAAUUCAUCCCUCUUCUUAAUUAUUUUCCUAGAGGGAAUGGCGCCAAGUAGGAUGGCUUCACUCAUUGGCUUUUUCGUAGAGGAUAUACAAACGAAAACGCCAAGGAUGGCGUCACGGAUGAACACGACCAGUGGAGCUCUAAGACUAGUGGAGAUGCUGGUGGAGAAUUUAGGACCAUUUCUGAGUAGAACGGAGCAUUUUUGGGGACACAAUGAGGUGAGUGGAAUGUUCACGAAUACUACGUUGCUCUUUAUGGCAGGUUUGCUCGCUCCUGUAGGCUAGUACAGUAGCUCUUAGCGUUAGCGAUUUGAAGUCCGGGACUUCCUUCCGUCUAAUAUCGUCCUCGCAGUCAGUCCAGAAGAUGAAAACUACCAAUAAAGCUUAGACCCUCCCGGAAUCCAUCUUAGGAUCCAUCCUGGGCUUGCUUUUCCCUUAGAGGAUGAUGGAUUGCCUGAAGCCUUAAAAAACUCUAAUGUGCAUCGCGACCUCUUUCCUGACACGACUCUUAUCGAUAAGGGCGUUCUGCGCGUGCUGCUCAGGGAAGGCGUUCGAAUGGUUCCGGAGGGACAAAAAAUACCCGUCUUCGAUUUUGGGUCGAUUAUGAACUCGAAGAGGUGAAUCAGCAAUCUUGGUGGUGGAUCUUCUUUCUCUAACUGGAGGGUGUACUACGAUGAUUUAUCUACUCGAGAACUUGAAAUACGCGAGUUAGUGAUUGAAAUAAGGCACGUAGCUUUCAAAGGCUACUCUUUGCUCUUCAGAAGUAUCUCGGUUAUUCUAAGUCGUUACUCGCUUAUUUUAGUUUAUCGGAUAAGCGCGCCACCUAGGAUACAAGUUCUUUACCACGAAAUGAAGUCAUCUAAGAAGUGUACGAUUUAAUUAAUCUAGGGGAUCUUCUGUACCACGAACACGAUAAGUGAUCUAGUGUAGUACACCAUCUUCUCUACACCCCUCACACUCUAAGUGUACUACGAUGACUUCUUUCAUCUCUAAGGGGGUGGUGUCUUCUUUCUCUAAGUGGUGGUUGAUUGACAGUGUAGUACGAAAAUGAUUUUUUGUUGACAAAAUCUUCAAAUGUGCGAUAAAUCUCUAACCCCUUGGACGGUGCCUACUCACGAUGGUUGAACGAUACGGGUGUUUUUUCCGCAACCGCAAUCGAGGGGUCUCCUAAUGCGGACAAGAUUGUGAGUGGCGUCCAUUUCGCGGACCUGACUGUGCCAUUAAACGACCAGUUAGAUGCUUCGAUUCUGCGAGCAGCACAGGGAAAUGUUAUGUUCACCUCCAAAGGAUAUUAGUAUUAGUUAUAAUAGAAGUUAUUACUAUUAAUUCUAUGUACUAUUAGAUAAGUAUCUAUUAGUAUUACUUCUAUUUUUACAUCAACAUCAAGGAAUCUGGAUUUGGAAGUGUUGGAAUAGAUACCAAAGACUUGUUGUUGUUUUGUUUGUAUUGAUGCGCCCCGCGCAACGCGUACGAUCUCGCCGAAUUUCUUUGCGCUUCGUGUGUUUUGUGCUAUGGUCGCCGUUGCGACUAUGUUUGUUGUUGUUCAUCUACAGCAAACAAAUAAGUUCUAAUUUCACACUCUUGUUCCGUCUACUCUACAACAAUCUCUGAGUCAGUAUUUAUAGCAGGAUCUAGUAGUGGUAUCAAAAUCAUUGUCUCCACCUCUUCUAACGGUUCCGCUUCCAUCGUCCUCUGCAUCGAGGUCGCGGAACACAUCCCACCUGCGCGCGAGGCCGUUUUUCUCCAGAACCUAAAGGACUUCGCCACUUUGGGUCUGGUUUUGUCGUGGGCACCUCCGCACAUACUUGGUGAAGGCCACGUGAAUUGCAAAGAGGAAAGCGACUCCAAAGCUCUCAUAGAAUCGUUGUUAAGACAAGUCUGAGUAGCUCUGAUAGAAUCGUCGUUACGAACAUUGAGCAAACUCGUCGUAAACAUUUCAAGCAUGAUAGAUAGGUACGUCAGGGAAAUCUUAGGCAGAUUGCCGAGUAGAUUCGAGUCAUCAGGUACAAUCAUCAUCAUCAUCAUCAUCAUCCUCAUCAUUAACAGAGUCAGGAUGCUUGGUUUUUGUACGAUUUGUUGAUGUACAUUUGUGUCUGUCAAUCGAGAAUGUGAUUACACCGUCUUCUAUCAAGAUUUUUCAGUUCUAACCUCUGGCUUCGAAAGAGACGAAGGCAUUACAGCGCAGAUGCGAAGGGAUUCGACAUUGUCAUGGGUGAAAGAGAGCGUAGCUUUUUAUUGGAGACGAUCGUGACAUCUCUUCCUUACCAUGAGUUUGCCUCUGUGUAAGUUUUGCUUCAAAAAUGGCCAGUAAGGGCCGAACCUGAAGUACAUGACCAUGACCAUGUGGUGGCAGUAAAGGUCGAACAUGAAGUACAUGACCAUGACCAUGCGGUUGCGCAGCUUUGUUUGAAGGAAUGUGGCGCACUUUGGGCUUCGUCGGUUCAUCUCAUCACGACACUACACAUUCUGCUUUGCUAAAAAUGAGGAGUCUUAUCCUUGUUCUGAUCAGUACGUGGUCACACCAUGUGCGGCCUUUCAGCAGAAUGGUUCUAAAUCGUACCUCCGUAUGGUAGUACAGAAUCAGAUUUGAGAUGCAUACGCAAGUCGAAGCGCAGCAUGAACAUCAAGACGUUGAUGUUGGGGAUUCUAUCUCUAUCAUGAGCGCUAAUGCUCGACUUUCUUAGAAGAGAUCGUAUUUUCUUCGACGAAUGAAGUAGAAGGAGAUGACAAAGACGCUGAUGAUCAUACCGACGAACACGAUGGAGAUCGGCCCACAAGUGAAAAAGAAAAAUCAUCUACAAGUCGUGCUGACUCAUCCAAUCUACAAGUCGUUCAGAAGUAAAGCAGUGAAUAGCCUAUAUCUACAAAAUCAAAAAGGCUAAUUAUAACUCAAACUACUCAACAGGAGAUUCUUAACAACAUAAGGCUGGACAAAAGAAUUCUGAAAUUAGUUGCAGUCUAGAUACAACUUCUUCGAUUGGACGAGAGAAGAGAGGAUCGCUUUUUAGGGAAUAUGCCUCAGAUCAGGAGGGACCACCGACCAAGCAAUCCCAAUAUCAACGUAUCUGCCGAUGAGUGGAGGCCGAUUGGAUGUCUGAAGAGUCGUUGUGAUCUUACAUCUGCGGUCGAGUAUUUCUAUUUGCGUGGACGAUUAUUUGCUGGUGGAGAGGACAGCCCAACACGCGAGCAAGCUCAUCUCCAUCUUGCUUAACAUCAUCGUUGUAAGUAUAUAUAAGACUAGCCAGCAACAUAAUGCCCCACUAUGUUCAUACU